AAACCCUAUUUUGACCUACUUUUCAAAUCCGCCCCUCUUUCGCUUCUUGCCAUAUCUGCUCCUGCUGCUCCUCCUCCUCCUCGUCUUCAUUAGGUUCCCACAUUCAUUUCUCCGGCUGCUUCAUUCCCUGUUCUCUCUUCUUUCUCUGAGAUUUCCCCUUCUUCCUUUCGAGUAGUGGGUCCUGCUCGCUUUUAUCUUCAAUGGACCCUGACGGUGUUCGCAAGAGGGAGAGAGCUGAAACCGCCUUGAAUGGCAAUGGGGCCUUUAAGAAGUCCAAACCAGAAAUGGACUCCUUAUCUACUGGUUUAGGAAGCAAAUCGAGGCCUUGCACAAAGUUUUUCAGCACUUCUGGUUGCCCUUUUGGUGAGGGGUGUCAUUUUGCACAUUAUGUUCCUGGUGGAUUCAAAGCAAUUUCUCAGAUGAACAGUCCUGCUAUUUCCCCUGGCAUUAGAAAUCCUGUCGCCCCUCCAUCGUUUCCAGAUGGUGUUUCUCCUCCGGCUGUCAAGACACGUUUGUGCAACAAAUUCAACUCAGCCGAAGGCUGCAGAUUCGGUGACAAAUGCCAUUUUGCUCAUGGCGAGUGGGACCUUGGAAGGCCAAAUCCUCCACCAGAACACGGUGGAAUGGGAGGAGGACCACUAGCACAACAACCCAGAAUGGGUGGUGGCUGGAAUGUGCCUCCGCCACAACCCAACCAUGGACCUGCUGCUAGCUUCGGUGCGUCUGCAACAGCAAAGAUUAGCGUCGAUGCAUCGCUUGCAGGUCCCAUAAUUGGGAAGAAUGGUGUCAACUCGAAGAAUAUCUGUCGAAUGACAGGAGCAAGACUUUCUAUAAAAGAUCACGAGUCAGACUCUAGCUUGAAGAACAUUGAGCUCGAGGGUACGUUUGAUCAGAUCAAUCUUGCUAGUUCAAUGGUGCGCGAGUUGAUUGCAAACGUCGGCGCAGCCUCUGCCAAUAAUGCCAUGAGGCAGCAGCAGCAGCAUUCUCAGCACUCAGCAAACAACUUCAAGACCAAGCUUUGUGCUAAUUUUGCAAAGGGUAAUUGUACGUUUAGAGAAAGAUGCCAUUUUGCACAUGGCGAAAGUGAAUUGCGGAAACCAGGUAUGUGAACGCCCACCACCUUCAGCGGCCUUGUAGCAGUGUGAGUGUCUCUUCUUCUUGAACAAAAUGUUGUUUUGUUUUGCUUUUCUUUGUUAGUUUUGGUAAAACGAUGUCCGAUCACUUGUAAGACGAGCAUUUUUCAUCUACAUAGAUAUUCAGGACGAGAUUUAAGUAAAGUUUCAAUUAAUUUGAUCGAUCGAUAUUAAA